GUAAAGUAACACUUUGAGAGAACCAAAAAGUAUCAUUAUAAAGCUGUAAAAGGGUUGGUGAAAGACAUUCUUGUAGAGAAGCUGAUGUGACAAGAAGAAACUAUUUUUCAGAAGGAGAAGGUUAUAUGAGGAGUUUGGUGUGUAAGAAGAUGUGGUGGGUUGUACAUGGAAGCACCAACAAGAGGAACUUACACCGCGAUUGUGAGAACAAGAGUAUAUGUGACUUGGGGAAAGACUUGGAUGAGAUACUAAAGGGGAGGCUAGAGACGAUAGAGGAGGAACCAGAAGCAGAAGAGCGAGAGCGGUUAGGAGAAUCGCAGAAGCCAAUGUUGGUUAAGGCUAAGAUGAAAGUGGAGAAGUGCAAGACAAUAGUAAAAGCUAAAAUGAAAAGUGGGAAAGUGUUUUACAUGUUGUGUAUUAUUGGUUUAGCCUCUAGACGAGGUUUUAAUGAUCUUCCACCUCCGACUCCCAUAUUGAGACAUGACAACCAAAGCAGCGACCUAGUCUCUGCCAUUGCGGACAUGAUAAGGGAAUCUUAUAACGGUUUUGGCACCCUAGUCCUUCUCCAUGUCCUCAACGAUACAAAUUUCUACAACAACCAAGAGAUUACUUUCUUGAUGCCUAGCGACGACCAUCUUUCUCAAGCAGACAUGAGCCAAGAGAGUCUAGAGACGUUUAUCUUAAGACAUACGAUCCCUGCGUGGCUUAUGAUCAACCACUUGCUUCGUUUCCCAAACAAAACGCUUGUCCCUUGUAGCAUCCCUGAUAAAAUGUUCGUUAUCACAAAAUCUGGUAGGUCGGGGGGACUAUAUGUGAACAAUGCGAGGAUCGUUUCUCCUAAUAUUUGUCGGAAUUCUCGCGUAGCUUGCCACGGAGUCAGCAACGUUAUUACAUUCACCGAAGACUCCUUGUCAAAGACAAUAUUAUCACCUGUGUUAUCAUCAGUCCGUAAAAGAAUCACUUCGUCUAGGCACUGAAGCUCUCUCUAUCUUUAAUUACCACACAAAAUUUGUAGGGUUUGAGUAUCUUCUAAAGUUAUUAAAAAAAGUUGUAGAUUUCUCAAAGUCAUAUACAGUUGCAAAUUUAUAUUUCCACUUUCCUAAAUCAUUCAACCAACCAGUAUAUUAAAUGAUUUCUCUAAAAUCAUUAAUUAAUUUCCCUAAGUAGUUGAAACAAAACUGUCUAGCUA